AUGCUAAUUGCGUGGAUUGCGUUAAAAAAGAGCCUCGAGGAUAUCAGUUAUCUGGCUGUGGAUGUUUUCAUAACUGGUCAAAGGGAUGACUUCCCAAGAACUCUCAUCUUCCUCAUCACCUGUAGCUUCUCCAGCCUCCUGCUCAGCUCCCUGCUUCUCCUGUACCUCCUCUUCACCCUCAACUAUGAGCUAGCAGUGGCUGGAGGGAUCGCCGGGUGCUUUGGGACACUACUAACAGUUGCUCUCUUCCUAUCAAAGAGAGUAAGGUGCUUUGGGACUCUAUUUGUGAUCUCUAUUUUCAUGAAGAAGAGUCGCAACUUGCUCCUGACUGCUGGGACAAGUUUAGUGGUUCUCAGAAAUAUCCGCAACACCUUGGAGAACCUCACAGGCCUGGUCAGGAGUAUGAUCUGCAACCUGAAGGCCAAGAAAGCAGCCAUCAUCGCUCCAUUCAGUAACUAUGUCAAUAUGUUAAAGUGGCUGGGAAACAUUCUCAAGGGGGUUACAGACUUUGGGGUGGUGAACCUCGACUCCAAACUGAAGGUGUCACCGAGACUGGAAUCUGAAAAAUUGAGGGGGAAACUCGCUGAAGCAGAGCAGACGCUGAACAACACCGUGAAGUAUGUGCAGUCCGUUAUGAAUACAGUCUCCUCUGUGACCGAUAAGAUGUUUCCUGCCAUCAGCUUCCUGGUGCUCAUGAUGUUUAUAGCACUGCACAUAAAAAAAUACUGCAAUGACAUGAAAUACCAAAACAGGUUCGUCAGCAGCAGGUUUGUUCGUUUUGAUGAGAAGCAGAAGGAGGAAGGGAAGCCCCAUGUCCUCCCCCUCACACCAAAGGAAGAAAAGAUGUACACCGUUGUCCCCUCCACCCGCCCCACUUCCAAAGAGGGGAGAGCUAUGCUGAAAUUUGGUGUCCCGGUUGUGUCCCAUUUUGUAGCUUGGGUCAUAUUUAUAACCUUGGAUGCCUUAUUGUACUGCUUCGUCGAUAUUGUAACAACGAAACUAUCGGAGCUGGAACCUUUCCAUGUCCCGCUGCUAAUGAGUAUCAAAGGGAUUGCAACUUUGAUAGGUAUACCAUUUGCUGAGGAAAACCAUCAAAAAGACUUCUCCUACUCUGUGACCCUGUUUGAGAAGCAGUGUCUUCCUAAACCCAAACUGCUGCUCUAUGACUCUGUAGUCCCUUUGGCUGCCAUCCUGCUCGCCCUGCUCGUUAUGUCUCUGAUGGCCGCCAAAGUGGCCCAGCUCAGGCUGAUGGUCUGCGAGCAAUUCUUCUCCACCGCCGCAGAGGAGAGAGUGCAAUACCUCCACACCAAGAUCCUGAAGAAGAGAUUGAAAUGGAGGAAGGAGGAAAACAACAAGUGCCUCACAUCACUCUGUUCUAAGGCACAUUUCUGGUGCCCGCUGCUCUUCAGGCCAAAGGAAGUUCCACAAAGUGUCGUGUGAAGUUCUUUCAACUGCAUGAAUUUUUUAUUCUGUGAAUAACAAAGCACAAGCCAACACACUGCAUCAUUGUGCUGCACUGUUUAAGAAUCUGAUCAAGGCUUUUUGAUCCUGUUGAUGAUAAUAUUCCGUUAAAAUAAGCUGCUUUCCAUUAUUCUCAAUGAUACUGUUAACAACUGAUUUAUCAGUUCAGACUGAUGUUGUAGAUGGUUUCAAAGCAAGUCCCCCGGUAGUUGUUUCCGACAAGGAUCAAGAAUAGGCCCUCUGAUAAUUAUACUGAAAUAAUAUUUAUUUCCCUACUCACUGUUGAAACUGCUGUGCCAUCAGUUCUACCUCUACAGAUCUACAGUGGCCCUGAGAGCUCAACACACUUCAAAUUAAGAAAGCACAUGUAAAUAGACACAACAAAAGCAAAUUAAGAAGCAUCUUCACUGACUUGACAACUCACACAAACAUCAAUUUGAGGACACAUGCACAGCAUUAAUAAAAAGUGCUGCAAAGAACCUCACAACAAUGCAGACACUGUUUCCAGGGGACUCUAAAAUGUGAUGCACAAGGCUGGGACAAGCAGCACUUGUUGUUGUUGUUUUUGGAUAAUACAUUUUUUGAAGUCGGCUAUCCACAAUUGGUGAUAGAAUAUGACCAAAGUUUUUUCUGGCUUAUUUGAACAUUGUGAUGGCAUGACUAAUAUAUUAUUGCGGAUAUUUUAAGUUGACCUGGCCUUAGCCUUUUGCUAAUUGUUAUAUCUCAAUCAUACUGUAUGUCCCCAAUGACAUACUGCUGAUUUCAAUAACUUCAUAAGCCACAUAAGCAACAACAAAUGUCCUUGCCAUUUUAGUGCUCCCUGGAGUUGUCACUACUA